AUGGAGCACGAGCAGAUGACUGGUGAUGUGGAGGAGGAGCACAGGCUGCAGGUUUCGCCGGAGGAGCUCAAAGUGAUCCGCGAGACUCUCCUCGACCGUUCUCUCACCAUGGCUCAGAGGUAUCGCUCGGUCUUUACCCUCCGUAACAUCGGCGGUGAUGAGGCCAUCUCCAUCCUGGCUGAAUCGUUCAACGAUCCUUCGGCCCUGCUUAAGCACGAGGUGGCCUACUGCCUGGGUCAGAUGCAGAACGUCACCGCUCUGCCUCACCUCGAGCGACUUCUGCGCAACGCGGAGGAGAACUCCAUGGUCCGCCACGAGGCCGGAGAGGCGCUGGGCGCCAUCGGUCUGGAGGAAUCGCUGCCGCUCCUCGAGCAGUACAGCCGGGACUCCGUGCCCGAGGUGGCCGAGACCUGCAGCCUGGCCAUCGACACCAUCAAGUACAAGCUCAAGCACAAGGGCAACAAGGCUCCGUUCGAGUCGGCGCACAUGUCGAUCGAUCCCGCUCCUCCCUCGGCCAAGCGAUCUGUUGAGGAGCUCAAGCAGCGACUCAUGAACACGUCGUUCUCGAUGUUCAAGCGGUACCGCGCCAUGUUUGCCCUUCGCGAACUCGGCACGGCCGAGGCUGCUAUGGCUCUGGCGGACGCCUUCGUCGACAGCAGCGCCUUGCUGCGCCACGAGAUCGGCUACGUGCUGGGACAGAUGGCCCACGAGGCCGCUGCUCCCGCGCUCACCAAGGUCCUGCAGAACCUGGACGAGCACCCGAUGGUGCGACACGAAGCUGCGGAAGCCCUCGGCGCGAUCGCCACGCCCGAGGCCAUGGAUCUGCUGGGCCAGUUCCUGACCGACAAGGAGCCCGCCGUCAAGGAGAGCUGCGUCGUCGCGUUGGACAUGAGCGAGUACGUGAACUCGGACAGCUUCGAGUAUGCCGACACCCUGCAGCUGGCCAAGGCCCAGCUCGCCGCCGCCCAGUGA